CUGCUGCCCACCAGCCCUCAUCUGCAGACCCCUCACCGUGCCUCCGGGCCGUCAGAGCCGUUUGUUUGUCGCUCCCCUGCCGUUAGCCCUCGCAGGGUCCCUGCCUUGGCUGGUGAGCAGCAGGUCACCUCGCCAUGAGUUACUGGAGCCUGGAGAAGAGGAGCUGUCUGCAGUACUGCAGGCACUUUCUGGUGGACAACGGAGUGUUCCACGUUGAAAGAUGCAUGAGUGUCAUGCAGUCUGGGACUCAGAUGGUGAAGCUGAAGAGUGGCACCAAGGGGCUGGUCCGACUCUUCUACCUGGAUGAGCACAGGACCUGCAUCCGAUGGAGACCCUCCAGAAAGAGCGAAAAGGCCAAAAUUGUCAUCGACUCCAUUUACAAAGUCGCGGAAGGGCGGCAGUCGGAAAUCUUCCACCGCCACGCCGAGGGCAGCUUUGACCCCAGCUGCUGCUUUACCAUUUACCAUGGCAACCACAUGGAAUCCCUGGAUCUGAUCACAUCCAACCCAGAGGAGGCUCGCACCUGGAUCACAGGGCUGAAGUACCUGAUGGCUGGAAUCAGCGACGAGGACUCGCUCGCCAAGCGGCAGAGGACACACGACCACUGGGUCAAACAGACCUUUGAGGAGGCUGACAAGAACAGGGAUGGGCUGCUGAACAUCGAGGAGAUUCACCAGCUGAUGCACAAGCUGAAUGUCAACCUGCCCCGCAGGAAGGUGCGGCAGAUGUUCCAGGAAGCAGACACAGAUGAGAACCAAGGGACCCUGAAUUUCGAGGAGUUCUCAGUGUUUUACAAGAUGAUGUCCCUGCGGAGAGACCUCUACCUGCUGCUCCUCAGCUACAGUGACAAGAAGGAUCACCUCACUGUGGAAGAACUUGCUCAGUUUCUGAGGGUGGAACAAAAGAUGAACAAUGUGACACCAGAGUAUUGUCUUGACAUCAUACAGAAGUUUGAAGCAUCAGAAGAAAACAAGAAGCAAAAUGUUCUUGGGAUUGAAGGUUUCACCAACUUCAUGCGCAGCCCUGCCUGCGAUGUUUUUAACCCACUGCACUCCGAGGUGCACCAGGAUAUGGAUCAGCCUCUCUGCAACUACUUCAUUGCUUCCUCUCACAACACCUACCUGACCGGAGACCAGCUGCUGUCCCAGUCCCGGGUGGAGAUGUACGCGCGGGUGCUGCAGGACGGCUGCCGCUGCAUCGAAGUGGACUGCUGGGAUGGGCCAGAUGGAGAGCCAGUAGUGCACCAUGGCUACACUCUUACUUCUAAGAUCCUCUUCCGCGACGUGGCAGAGACCAUCAACAAAUAUGCCUUUGUCAAAAAUGAGUUUCCUGUGAUCCUGUCUAUUGAAAACCACUGCAGUAUCCAGCAGCAAAAGAAGAUUGCUCAGUACUUGAAGGAAAUAUUUGGUGACAAACUGGACUUGUCAACUGUAGCCACUGGAGAUUCCAAGCAGCUUCCCAGUCCUCAAAAUCUGAAAGGGAAAAUCCUAGUGAAGGGUAAGAAGCUGCCAUACAGCCUGGGAGCAGAUGCUGAGGAAGGAGAAGUUUCGGAUGAGGACAGCGCUGAUGAAAUCGAAGACAACUGCAAAUUAAAGCCCUGCUAUAGUAAUGGUGCAACUCAGCACCAGGUGGAAUCUUUCAUAAGAACAAAACUGGAAUCUCUGAUCAAAGAAUCCCAAAUCAGGGACAAAGAAGAUCCUGACAGCUUCACCGUGAGAGCCCUGCUGAAGGCAACCCAUGAGGGGUUAAAUAUUAACCUGAAGCAGAACCUGGACUUGAAAGAAGGUGGAAAAAAGUCUCACAGUCGAUCAUUAAUGGGCAACUUUGGCAAGCACAAGAAAGCUGUGAAGGCAGCAGCCAAAUACCAGAGUGCCUCAGAUGAGGAGGAAAGCCAACAGAACUCCUCUGGGAAGGAAGUGGGGCAGCUGCACAGCAGCAGGCUGACGCGGCGAAGGAAGACAGUGAAGCUGUGCCGAGCCCUGUCUGACCUGGUGGUCUACACCAACUCUGUGGCAGCCCAGGAUAUAGUAGAUGAUGGAUCCACAGGGAAUGUGCUGUCAUUCAGUGAAACCAGAGCCCACCAAGCAGUGCAGCAGAAGGCUGAGCAGUUCAUGCUCUACAACCAGAAGCAGCUCACAAGAGUCUAUCCAUCAGCCUACAGGAUUGACUCCAGCAAUUUCAAUCCCUUUCCUUACUGGAAUGUUGGUUGCCAGCUGGUGGCACUCAACUACCAGUCUGAGGGACGUGUGAUGCAGUUAAAUGAAGCAAAAUUUAGGGUAAAUGGCAACUGUGGUUACGUCCUCAAACCUCAGCAAAUGUGCAAAGGCACAUUCAACCCCUACUCUGCUGAUCCACUUCCUGCCAGCCCUAAAAAGCAGCUGAUUCUGAAGAUCAUCAGUGGACAGCAGCUGCCAAAGCCUCCAGACUCGAUGCUAGGAGACAGGGGAGAGAUCAUUGAUCCCUUCGUUGAGGUGGAGAUUAUUGGGUUGCCUGUUGACUGCUGUAAGGAUCAGACCAGGGUGGUUGAUGACAACGGGUUCAAUCCUGUUUGGGAGGAAACACUCACUUUCACUGUCCACAUGCCUGAAAUAGCUUUGGUGAGAUUCCUUGUCUGGGACCAUGAUCCCAUUGGGCGAGACUUCGUUGGACAAAGGACUCUGGCCUUCAGCAGCCUAGUCCCUGGUUAUCGCCAUGUGUACUUAGAAGGGCUGACAGAAGCCUCCAUAUUUGUUCACAUCACCAUCAAUGAGAUCUAUGGAAAGUGGAGCCCUUUAAUCCUCAACCCCAGUUACACAAUCUUGCACUUUCUAGGAGCCACAAAGAACAAGCAGCUGAUAGGACUGAGGGGGCUGUUUGCCAAGCCCCCCAAGGCCAGCUCUGCCGAGAGCAGUGGGCACUACAUCCGGAAGCGCUCUCUGGGCGAGCGGAUCCUGCGGCGCACGGCCAGCGCCCCGGCCAAGGGCAGGAAGAAAAGCAAGAUGGGCUUCCUGGAGGCUGCUGAGAUGAAGGACAGUGCCUCUGAGCCAGCAGACCUGAAAGACCUGAAGGAAGGAGUGGUGAGGCGUACGAGCCGCAGCUUGCAAGCACGCCCUGCUUCCAUGCCUGUGGAUAAGUAUCUCCUCGUGGAGCUGCCCUGCCCGGGAGAGGAACCAGCCCAAGAUGCCAAAGGAAAUGAAAAGGCAACUGCCAACAGUGAGGACGCUGCAAAUGGGCAAGACACAAACCUGCAAGACUCUGGUUCAGCAAACACUCCAAGUUUGGCGUCUCGGGUGAUGAAAAACGGCCACAAGGAGACCCCAAUUGAUUCUUUAGUACCACCUCUGCAAGAGCAGCCUGAACAAUUAGGUUUGCCAAGUGUGGCUGAAAUGAAUCACCUCGUAGACUAUGAGGAAAAUGAUCUUCCUGAGGGAAGUGUCCCCCUCCUGCAGGGCUCUGAUGUUGGCAUUCCCACAGAAGAACCACAUGACGAAAGCUGUGCAGACUGCAAACGGGAGGACGGCACAGAGAGCUCUGAGGAGGACACAACAACUCCUGUGGGGACUUCCCCUUCUCUGGAAAACCACAUCAGGAAGAGCAGCCCUGCAGCACCUCCUCCUCCAGCAGACACUUCCUCUCCCAUUUGCUGUACUGCUGCUGCCCUGCCCUGCAGCUCAGCCACGCAGGACAGCGACGUUUCUCGCCUGAUCGCGGAGGUGUCCUUGGCCAGCGAGAGCGAGGUGGGCAGCGCCGUUUCGGCUCUGAUCGGGCAGCUGGAGCUCACUGCCGACCAAACCACCCUUAGCACGGCCUCGAGCCUCCGUGGCUCCAGCAGCCAGACCUUCAGCACGACGGCUGCACAGCCACGGGUGCCUGCGGCUGAUCUGGCCAGCCCCUGCAAGCACAACGUCCCCUCCGCCCAACCCACCAAGUCCCCUCUGUUCUCCACCCCAGACACCACCGCGUUCUGCAGCCCCGAGACUGCAGACUACUCCACCUACACAAUCAUCCACGAGGCCACUCUGACCCCAGCUUCUGCGUGUAAGACCCACUGUGAAGUAGCCUGCAAGAAAAAGCUAAGUGGUGUUGAAAAUAACCUGCCCAGCUCUCCCUGUCCUUCACCCCUCUCUUUGCUAAAUGCAAACCCCAAAAGAAUCCAUGGAACAAGACCUGGCACAAGCUGGGAAGCUCCUGAGUCUGCCAGUUCCUUUGCUUCCAACAACCUCAUCUUCGAGGAGCCUCUGGUUGACCCUCUCACUGGUGUGAGUCCCGAGAGCAGCAGCCUUGUAGGGGUGGAUGGAGGCUCCCCAGAUCUGCUGGUCACUGCCUGGGAGUACAAGAGGGAGGACAUGAGCCACUUGGCUUCCCCUUUGAAACUGAGGCAAAGGCAGGACGCCGGCAGGACCUCUGGGAGCAGCACAGCUGUGGAGCUCUGCUCUGCUGCCCGGGGCUGCUCGGAGCACUGCAGGGCUGCAGGCACACAGCUCCCUUUUGCCGUGUGUGACAAUGUUGCGCUCUUGUAUCGUCGCCAGGCGGCCGAGCAGACCAAGGCAGCCUGUGCCGCCCAGGGAGCCCAGCUCAGCGCUUUGGCUUUCCCACCUUACUCAGCCGUCAGGCAGCCCAGUCCUUGCAAAUCCAAGAGUCUUGGGGACUUGACUUCAGAGGACAUUUCCUGCAACUUUGAAAGUAAGUAUCAGUACAUAAGCAGGAGCUUCAUCUCCUCAGGCAUGAGGGACAAGAAGCUUGCUGCUAUGAAGAACAUGAGGCCACACUCCACGGAUGCUCUGACGGAGCAGCUGAGGAGGUUGGUGUCCCUGGACCAGGAGGACACCCAUCAGACACUCUGCUCCAGGCAGAUUGAUGAAGACUGCCCAAAAGCACUGGUCAGGAAGCUCUCCUCCAGGAGCCAGAGCCGGGUGCGGAACAUCGCCAGCCGCGCUAAGGAGAGGCAGGAGGCUGCCAGCAAGCAAAAACCUCACUCGAGUAGCACUGCGGGGGUCGUGCUUCGGGACAAGCCCUCAGCCUCUCCUCACCUUAUCAACAGGCACUCCACGGGCUCCUACAUCGCCAGGUACCUGAACGGCUUCUCUGGGCAGGGCCUGGAGGGCCGCGGCAUGCCGGAGGGUGCCUGCGCCGCCUUCCACGCCAGCUGCGGCGACCGCCUGCACGCUCACCACCCUGCCCUGCAGCUGGAGCCCAGCACCGAGGACCAGCCCGAAAUCUACUUCCUGCUGAGGCUGUAGGUUGUCUAAGUGUACACUCUCAAAGUUUACAGAGUUGAAAUGAAGGAUCUGUGGUGAGCAGACCCCGCUCGGAGGGGCUAAGCUAUUUAGAACUGCAGUGCCGUGCUCGUGGUUGGGUCCUGUGUCACACAACCCACGCUCCACCCUCACCCCUUCACCAGGUGAAGUCCUUUGGAGACUGUGUGCAUGCAGUGAGCAGUGGUAGCCUUUUGUCCCUGUCAUGCUGUGCCCAGAAGCCUGGCACUGCAGUGGCUGCAAGAGUGUUGUCUUCGCCUGCUGUUUGGAAGGACCUUCCUAGUGAUCACUUUUGGCCUUCGGUGAGAAGUCCCCUGAGCCUCCUGCUUUCUGUCACUGGUAGUGUCCCUGAGGGGGUCCUCAGACAGCCCCAGAAGGAGCCCCCUGGUUAGCAUCACUCUGCCUUGGAACCCACUGUUCCCAUGCGCGAGCCAUGAGUCGACCUGCAGAGUUAGGGCUUAAUCCAGAUCUGUCAGCCCCGUGUAGACGUGCCCUGGCCACUCUGAACAGCUGCCUUCCUUUUUGGUGGCUGUGCCGAGUGCUCAGCGUGGAAGGUGGGAGCCAUCCUGCAUUGCUGGGGGGAGGACGCUGGAUGUCGGCAUCGCUUGGGUCUGUCUUUUUGCUCCUGGCUGCGUGCGUGGCUUGGGUGCAGCAGCAGAGCUGGAGAUGUCUGUCAGUGUACUGCUGAACUGGUGACAGUGUGGGACAGUGGCAAGCUGCUGUGGUAGAGCAACUCCUUUGGCUGUCUUGUCUUUUUCUACCAAGGCUGAAAUGAAUUGGCUGAGUGAACCUCAAGCACUGAAGCUUCCCUGGAGGGAACAGCAGAGCUUUGUUUUGGUUGGAAGAUACUCUUUGCCUGACUGUAAGGUUUUCUUCUGAGCUGUACAAGAGAUGGACCUUUUACCUCUUUCUUUUGUAAUGCAGAGUACUACUAUUCUUCAAAAUGUCAUUAAAAUAGAUUUUUAAGCA